AACCCGUGUCUCGACUGGGACAGCACCAUAGUGACUGUGAGCGUGCGGAAGAAGUGUUGUGUUUUAUUUAUUGCAAUUGAAAAGUUCCAGAUAAACAACAAGUAGAUGAUUUAAAAUGACGGUUCUUCAGAUUUUGCAAAGGGGGUCGGUUUAAAGGGCAUUAAUGUCUGGAUAUGAGAGCACUAUUUGUAUUGUCACCCCGAGCUCCCCGGGCCGCUUUUGUUUUGGUGGACAGAAAGGGAGGCCAUUUUAGGCGUCGCUUUGCUUAGAAUAUAGAUUUCUGAUCUUUUCGUUUUAUUUUUGCUGAUUGUCGGGGAAAGGGUAUUUCGUUUUUGUUGGCUAUAUUUGUUUCUGGAUAAAAUAUUUUUGUCGUUAUUUGGACUAAAAAUGAACCCUCAACAAAGAAGAGACUUUUGAAAUCGUUGGUCCCCGGUAUCGUGGACUGAGAAAGGGCCAGUGGGCCUCAACUCCAGUGACUAUUUCUUCAGUUGUAUGGUCUUUAUUACCAAUUGUCGCCGAAGAAAGUUCACGUUUUGGACAUUUGCUUGAGAGGACGUCAGCGCCCAAUUGUUUAAGUGAUGGACUUCUAAAGAACCUGUUUGAUUAAUUUUCACCAGUUAACUGAUGACCUUUAUGCCGGUGUUGUUGAAUCAGAUUAGAUUCGAUUUACCGUUCUGUUCCGUAUAUUCUUACAAAAUUCAAUCCUGAACUGAAUUUAAAGGUUCUAGGUUUUUUUUUUUUUUUUUUUUUGGUCAAAUCGUAAUCGAACAUAUAUAAAAUGCCUAGAUAGAUGUUUAACAUUUUAAUACACAAUUGAUUGUGCAUCCUUUUGUUUUCAUUUGUUAGACCUUGUGUAAUCUCAUAAAAUGUCCUGUGUACAUUAUAAAUUUUCCUCUAAACUGAACUAUGACACGGUCACUUUUGAUGGCCUCAACAUCACGUUAUGUGACCUGAAAAAGCAGAUCAUGGGAAGGGAGAGGCUGAAGGCGGUGGAUUGCGAUCUUCAGAUUACCAAUGCGCAGACUGAAGAAGAGUACACUGAUGAUGGUGCCCUUAUUCCCAAAAAUUCUUCUGUCAUUAUUCGAAGGAUUCCUAUUGGAGGAGUUAAGACAACUAGCAAAACAUAUGUCAUUGAUCGUACUGAAUCUUCAGGUGGAUCCUCAAAAGCCAUUGAUGAUUCUGCUGCUUCUAUUACACUGGCCCAGCUAUCGAAGACCGCCAAUUUGGCAGAAGCUAAUGCCUCCGAAGACGAUAAAAUUAGAGCUAUGAUGUCGCAGUCCAGCCAUGAUUAUGAUCCAGUUCAUUACAUGAAGAAACUUUUUGGGCCGCCACCACCGAAUUACACUUGCUUUCGCUGUGAGAAAACUGGACACUAUAUUAAAAACUGCCCAACCAAUGGGGACAAAACUUUUGAAGCAGGUCCAAGGAUAAAAAAGAGCACUGGUAUUCCUCGAAGCUUCAUGAUGGAGGUUGAUGACCCGAAUAUGAAAGGAGCCAUGCUUACAAACACUGGAAAAUACGCUAUUCCAACUAUUGAUGCCGAGGCGUAUGCAAUCGGAAAAAAGGAGAAGCCACCUUUUCUACCACAGGAGCAGUCUUCAUCUUCUGAGGAGGAGGACCCUGUCCCUGAUGAGCUGCUGUGUCUGAUUUGCAAGGAUAUCAUGAAUGAUGCAGUUGUAAUUCCAUGCUGUGGAAACAGUUACUGUGAUGAUUGUAUUAGAACAUUUCUUCUAGAGUCAGAUGAACAUAUGUGUCCUACAUGCAAUCAGACAGAUGUUUCACCUGAUUGCUUGAUUGCCAAUAAAUUUUUAAGACAGGCUGUAAACAAUUUUAAAAAUGAAACUGGCUACUCCAAAAGGCUUCGUAAGGGACAGGCUCUGCAAACUGCACCGAUGCAGGGCCAGUCCAGACCACAAGUGCAGCGUUCUGUCCAGCCAGCUGCAAGACCGACAUCCUCCAGGCAGCAGGAUCCUCUCAUGGCCAAUAUCCCUCCUGUUGCUGCUGCUGUUCCUCCCCCCAUCGUUCCUGCUGCCAUACCGGCUCCGGUGCUGCACCAGACACAGACCUCUGCCCCUGUUCAACCUGCUGCACCAACUGUCCAGGUGAAUCUGGUCACCAGUAGCCCUGCUUCAGAAGUGUCCAUGUCUGUGCCCUCUCCACAGCCACAAGUGAAGCAUGAAGAACCUGCUUCAGUAAAAGAUCCUGAGAAAAUUGCAACUCCUGUCACAUCUGUGAUGAUUUCUGCAGAUACAUCUAUAACUAUGCCUGUUCCAAAGGGUUACCAGGUUCCUGUGCUUGGUCAACCUCAUUCAGUUGGUCACUCUAUACCUACAACAGGUCAUCCAAUGAGAACCAACCCUAUUCGACCUGGAGGCAAUCGACAAGGCUGGGAUAUAUCAAACAGAGGUCGACCACAGAGUGACCGGCCUCUCAGAACACAAACUACUACAUUGCCAUCCAUGGCUCCUGUUUAUGUGCCUCCGCCGUCACACUUCGCUCCUCUCUCCCACACCUUGCCUCUUCCACCUGGAGUAUCACUUCCUCAGUUCCCGCCUCUGUUUCAGCCUCCUACUGCUGGAUAUGCCAUACCGCCUCCAUUGUUCCCUCCAGUCUCAACAACUGCUGCAGCUCAAUGGGUUUCCCCUGUAACUACUGUGGCACAGGGCAGUGCCAUUCCUACCAUCCCACAGGCACCCCCACUAUCUAGGGAAGAGUUCUACAGGCAACAGCGUAGACUGAAAGAGGAUUCCAACUGUCGCUUCGUUGCUAGGGAGAAGUCUAAGCUUGAUGAGUUUACCAAUGACUUUGCUAAAGAAUUACUGGAAUACAGAAAAAUCCAAAAGGAAAGGAGGCGAUCCUAUUCAAGAUCAAAGUCUCCAUAUAGUGGAUCAUCGUUCAGUGGCAGCUCCUACUCUUACUCAAAAUCCAGAUCACGAUCCUCCCGGUCUCGAUCCUACUCGAGGUCUGGCAGCCGAUCUCAUUCUCGCUCCUACUCCAGAUCUCCAGUGUACACCAGAAGAGGUGGGGGAGGCAGGAGCCGUAGUUACCGCUCCAGGUCGCGAUCACAUGGAUAUCACCGCUCCCGGUCUAGGUCCCCUGCUUAUCGAGGAGGAGGAGGAGGAGGAGGAGGAGGAGGUGGCGGUGCUGGUGGUGGUGGUGGAGGAGGAGGCGUUGGCGGCAGCAGCAGCAGAGGGUAUCGCUCCCGUUCAAGAUCUCCAGGUCACCAGGGUCAUACUCCCAGUAAACGACCUGCACCACUGCUACAGCCUGAAGGUGACAGAGAGUACUUCAACAGAUAUAGAGAGCCGCCCCCCUAUGAUGCCAAGGCUUGCUAUGGUCGUUCUGUGGACCAGAGAGACCCUUUCGAGAGGGAAAGAUACAGGGAGUGGGAAAGGAAGUAUCGAGAGUGGUAUAACAAAUUCUACACCCCCCCUGGCAAUCAGCCAAGGCCUAGGCCUCCCCCAUCUAAUAGGGAACAUUUCACUCCAGAACGGUUUGGCCCACCAGUGGUCAGACGGGACAAUUCACCAUACAGUCGAAGUCGCAGAGAGGAAUACCCUCCAUCUGGGCAGAGCCAGAGAGUUCGUAAUGUGCCUGGAAACUAUCCAGAUAAGUUUGUCUAUAAAGAAGGACACGGAAGCAGCAAAGAGUGUAGAAAAUCUAAGGAAAAAGAAGCAGGUAAUCCUCCAGCUGAUGGAAAGGGUAUUAAACACAAAAAGCACAGGAAAAAGAGGAAAGGUGAAGAGAAUGAACUGUUCCCAACUGUAGGUUCUCUAGAUGGCUCCAGAAAGCCCACUGGCAGUGAAGAGGGUAAGGGGGAUUCUAUACUGAUGCCUCCAUGCCGAGAUGAUGCCACCCCUGUCAGAGACGAACCCAUGGAAAGUACAUCUGUCCCCUAUAAAGCUGUGACUGAGAAAGACACAAGGGAGAAGGUGAAAGCAAAGGGUGAAAAACUAAAACGCAAGCCAGAAAGCAAUGCCCCGAAGAAAGACUCCUUGUUGAAGACCUGCAAGCCGUCCAGAGAAAAGCAGGUUGAUGCAGAAAAUGAAAAGUCUUCACGUGUGGAGCCCCCAAUGAAAAAACCUAAAGAAGAUUCUUCUCAGAAGACUGAAGCUUCAAAGCAGCACGUGUCCCAGAAAGAGGACAAGGCUCCUCUGUCCCGCAAAGGACAGCAGAAACCUGCUAAACACCAUCAAGACCCUAAAGUGGUUAAAGAGGAGAAGACCAAGGAGAGGAAAGAGUAUGUCAAGGAGACAUCUAAACACGACAAUCUCCCAAGCAAGGAGGAGAAACCAAAGAAAGAUAAAAUUGAGGAGAAAUCUAAAAAAACCUCUGAGGUUAAACAAGAGAAAAGGAAAAGAAAAGAAGAAAAACAUUUAGAAAAAGAUCUUGAAAUGCCUUCUAUUAAGUCCCCUAGAAUUGAAAUUGUAGAAGUGGCAAAGCAAUCGCCCAAACCUAAACCUGAGCCUGAGAAAUAUCCAGAAAAGACAAUCGCCAAGCCUGUAGUGGAAAAGGCGGAUAAAGAAGAGAACAUUGUUCCAGUGAGGAAGAUAAAAAUCAACCGUGAGACUGGCAGAAAGAUUCUAAGCAGGGAAAGCAUAGCUCCAUUGGAAGAAAUGACAGAUGGAGCAGAAAAGAUUAGGCCAGAAAGAAUGAAAACUAAAAUACGAAGAAAAAUGCAAGCUGCAGAUGAAACAGCUUCUACCUUGGUAGAUUAUACCAGCACUAGUUCUACAGGAGGCAGCCCAGUUAGAAGACUAGAAGAAAAACUGGACAUUAAAAAGACAGUGGUGAAGACCAUGGAAGAAUACAACAAUGACAGCUCAACUCCAGCAGAAGAUGAAAUUGUGCUGAUCCAAGUUCCUCUUUCAAAGUGGGAGAAAGAAGACUAUGAAUCAGAAGACGAUGAUGCUAAGUCAGCGCUGGUUGCUGGAAGUGGAAAAUCUGCUACUGUGGAAAAUGUCGCAGUAAAAUCUUCCAGUGAGAUGAAACAGACCGAAGAGGACUCUCCACAGACUGAGAAAACACCCAAAGUGGCCAAGGAACCUGACGGGGAGGAACUGCAACCUGAAUCCAAAGUUUCGAAGACUACUGUGCCAAGUGAAAAGGAGAAGGUCUGCGAAAAGGAGAAGGUCUGCGAAAAGGAGAAGGUCUGCGAAAAGGAGAAGGUCAGAGAAAAAGAGCGUCCAGCUGUAGACAAGGAGACCAUGGAAAAGAGGAAAGCUCCCGAUUCCCAGUCAGACAAAGAAAGAAACCUGGAGAGGACCAGUGAUCAAGGGAGUGAAAAAAGUGUCUCCUCGUUCUCCUCUUCUAAAGACAGAACCGUAGAAAAAUCUAAUGCUGGUUCCCGAGCAUCUUUAGUUAAAGGCAAUUCAACAGCUGCUGGAAGUAACCGAGAUUACCCCAGCUCUAAGCGUAAAGAAGAAAAACUAAAAGACUCCAGCAAGAGGAGGGACUCCCCUUCCCUAACUAAAGAACAUGCUCCAAGUCAAAAGAGCAGAGAUAGGGAUGUGUAUGUUGAUAUUCCAAGGAAAGUCGCAACAGAAACAAAGAGAACUGAGCACAGCCCUGGAAGGGACAAAAAGACACAUACAGAUUAUAAAAAUGCCCCCGAUUCAAAGCGUGCAGUAGUGGAUGACCAUCGAUCAGACAAAAUGCCUAGUAAAGAUUCAAACAGACACGCAACCUCAGAGACGAGAAGCAUCAAGGAAAGGGAUCAUGGUGGUUACAAGUCACAUAGGACUGAAUCCCCAGAUGUUAGGACUGACACACACAGAACUGUUGGCCGAAAUGAGCGUGAGCACAAUAAGAACAAGCCACUGCUCGUCCGAUCUACUCGGCUGUCUUCUGACUUGGCCAGAGAAACUGAUGAGGCUGCUUUUGUGCCUGACUACAGCGAGAGCGACGGUGACAGUGAAGCCUCUGACCAUAAUACUAAGCCUGAUCGAGUUAAAGAGAAGGGGGGGGUGGCAGCCCCCCUACCCGCCAGUUUGAGCCCAACCCGGAGCCAGAGGAGUGCAAGUGUGAGCCACAGCCAAAGCCCCUUUGAGAGCCAGCCUCACAGCCGUAGCAGCAGUGCCAGCUCUGCCGGCAGCCAGGACAGCAAGAAGAAGAAGAAAAAGGACAAGAAGCACAAAAAGCACAAGAAACACAAAAAACACAAGAAGCACGCCGGCAACGAAUCUGACCCCGAAAACAAAGGCCAAAAACACAAGAAUAAGAAAAAGAAAUCCAAGAAGAGCAAGGACAAGGAAAAGGAUGACCAAAAACCAAAAGUAUCUGUAUGAAAAAGACACAUCACAUGAGCAGACUUACCAAGUCAUUUAUAAUGUCGUUAUAUUGUAAAGAAAAAACAACUUGUAAAUAAUAACGUGGAUAAAACGUGCUGCAUGUAGGAUUGCUGUUCAGCUGAUUUUUUUGUUUUGUUUGUUUUUUUGUUAAUGAGGCUUAUAAAUAAUGUACAGAAAUACCAGAUUGACUGUGCAAAAGUGAAAGGUGAGCUGCAGUGUUUAAAGGUUGCCAACUCUUAAAUGCCUAGGGAUGUUGCACACCUUUCUUUUGGUUUUUGUUUUUAAAUCUGGAAAAUAUAUUUUUAAAGUCAGUGUCUCAUGUAAGAGGUACCUUUUAAAAAAUAAUGAUCUUCAUGCAAUCUCGAAGCUUGGUAUUUGGGUUGAUCUCCAGUAAUAAUAAAUACUUGUUUGAUGAAAGCACUUUAGAUGUUUAACAUGGUGUUAUCAAAAAGCCUAACUGAACGAAAGCCAACAUGUACCUCAUGUCCAGCCUAAGUUUUUAAGUGGUUUGAGUAAUCAUAUCUUCAUUGUGUAUAGUUAUGAUGGCAAUAACAUUACUGGCAGGACUGGAUUUUGUUGUAGAAGUUAAAUACUGGCAAACUGUUAUCCCUAGAAAUAAGAGGUGGGAUUUACUGUACUGUGAUCUUUUUUUUUUUUUUUUUUUUCUCCCCAUGUUUAGAAUUUUUGUAUUGCCUGGCACAAGGCCUUGUAUUUAAAUAGUAUCAGCUGAAUAAUUUACAGUGAAAUUAAGCCUUUCUAUGUAGUUUUGGUUGUAAUAAAUUUUUUCA